AUGGACGCCAUCAUCGCCCACGCGACAAUCCCGGCCCUCGCGCGCCUACGAGCAACCUCGCGCGAGUUUCACGACCGUAUCAACCGACUGCUACUGCACCAUGUCAGUCUACAUGAAUGGCCCCUUGGCCGAAGGAAGAAGGAGCUCGGCUUCACCACCCCGGCGCACAUAACUUUCCCCGGUGCAGACACUCACCCCCGCCUGCCGUUCGCGCCCGGCGCCGUCGAAAUCCUCGACGUCAUCACCCCGCCCAAGCCCAUGCCAACGACAAAGGUCGUCGACCAGUUCACGAGACUGAAGACCCUUCGGCGGAUACGCAACGACGCCGUUGUGACCACGGGCACCAACAUCUUCCGGCCCAACGCCACCUCCGUCGACCUCCUCUCCCUCGACAGCGUGCCGAACCGGGACACCCUCAACAUCCGCCUCCCGCCCGGAGUGGAGCGGUACGUUUUCCACAUGAAAUGGGACGAGAUGGGCCCCAGUGCGCUCUGGACGACCAUCAACAUGCGGAGCGCGCUCCGCAUCGUCGACUGGGUGCUCGUGCUGCACCCGACGAAUCCAGGCAACAUGCCGCCAGCGCCAGCACCAGACUUCUUCACCUUCCUCGACGUCAUGACAGAGGCCAUCACCAUCGUCGAGCGCGGCGGGAGCGUGACAGUCGUCGGCGUCGAGCGCGUUUCCCCGGCCCAGAUGCCAAACAACACGCUCGAGGGGCGCGGUACGGCGGCGUACGAACCCCUUCGUGAAAACCUCAGAGCCCACUUCCUCGACCAUACCCCCGACCCGGCCCUUGUACGCGCUGCAGUUGACGCGAUCCGCUUUGUGCCGUACGACGAAUGGCUGGAGGAACUGGGAGACAGGAAGGAGGCGGAGGGGCUGUGGCCUGAGGAUACGAAUGGCGCGUGA